UCGACAAAGCGGCACAUCGCUAUUGUUUUUUGUCGAUUGUAGAAAUUUAUUAAUUCUGAAGUACUGGAAUUAAUUUGGUUGUACUCAUCAUGGGCAUCUCCACCGCAGUCCUAAAAACCCAGCUGUUGGGUCUGAUAAACUUUACCGGUACACAUAAAGAUCAGGCGGACAAAUACCGUCAACUUCUGAAAACUAUUUUGGCGAAUACGGGAACUGAAUUGGUCGAUACACUAAAACUUUUCGUCGACGCUAUUGUAAACGAGCAUGUUAGUCUGGUAAUAUCUCGUCAAAUCCUGAACGAUGUGGGCGUGGAGCUGAGUAAAUUGUCGGACGACUUGUCCAAACAAUUGUCCCAUUACACGCUUAAUAAAGUCCAUCCCCGCGUCAUUUCUUUCGAGGAACAAGUUGCCGGCAUUCGUUUCCAUUUGGCCAAUAUCUAUGAGCGCAAUGAACAGUGGCGCGAUGCAGCCAUGGUUUUGGUUGGCAUUCCUUUGGAAACGGGUCAGAAGCAGUAUUCCGUGGAGUGCAAGUUGGGUACAUAUCUGAAAAUAGCCCGACUUUAUUUGGAGGACAAUGAUCCCGUGCAGGCAGAACUGUUUAUCAACCGUGCAUCCCUUCUGCAGGCUGAAACAAAUUCAGAGGAAUUGCAGGUUUUGUACAAAGUUUGCUACGCUCGUGUUCUAGACUAUCGGCGAAAAUUCAUUGAAGCUGCUCAAAGGUACAAUGAACUGUCCUAUCGAAAAAUUGUCGACCAAGGCGAGCGCAUGACUGCCCUGAAGAAGGCCCUCAUAUGUACUGUGUUAGCUUCUGCUGGUCAGCAGCGUUCUCGCAUGCUCGCCACACUAUUCAAAGAUGAACGCUGUCAACAUUUGCCAGCGUAUGGCAUACUCGAAAAAAUGUAUUUGGAGCGCAUCAUACGCCGCUCGGAAUUAGAGGAGUUCGAAGCGUUGCUGCAGGAUCACCAGAAGGCUGCCACACAGGACGGCUCGUCCAUACUAGAUCGUGCUGUUUUUGAGCAUAACUUGCUGUCGGCCAGCAAACUCUACAACAAUAUUACUUUCGAGGAAUUAGGUGCCUUGCUUGACAUACCUGCCGCCAAAGCCGAGAAGAUUGCCUCGCAAAUGAUCACAGAGGAACGUAUGAACGGACACAUUGACCAAAUAUCGGGUAUUGUGCACUUUGAAAACCGAGAAUUGCUGCCACAAUGGGAUCGUCAAAUACAAUCGCUGUGCUAUCAGGUGAACUCAAUCAUUGAAAAGAUAAGUGUAGCCGAACCAGAUUGGAUGAUGCACACUCUUGAUAAUAUAAACUAAAGGUCAGCAGACUGGUGGCUAUCAUUACCAAAAUUUGAAAAUGUUUAUACACCCGUUGGCAGAACUUAAAUACAUUGAUUGCAGUUUCAUAUGUUUAACAUUGUACAUGCCUGCGAUAUGUCCCAUUUAUAGUUUAAUAAAGAAAAUUAACUUUCAUUACCGAA